AUGAGCUCUACGUUAUCUUUAGUGUCUAGAUUGUUGGACGGGGACAAACUCAAUAAAAUUGUUAUUGAAUUAUCCAAAGAUUUCCAACAUGAUGGAAAUUUAGAUAAUUUGUGUGAAUUAAUUGAUCAAGUAGAUGUCAAUACUGUAGAAAUCGUGUCAAAGAAUGCUGUCCUAUUCACAAAUGAAGUUAUAGAAACUGUUCAUGAUGAGGAAUAUUUCGAUAAAAUCGUUAAAUUGGCAGGAAAAUUACCUCAUAUUUAUGAAUCCUUAGUAGAUACCGUUGUGGCUAUUUUGAGGAAAUUCAUGAAACAGAAUAUCAAUAAAUUCAUCAUUCCUAUCAGAUCAAAAGUUGAAAGAACUGGAUUAUUAGACAUUGAAGGUCAAGCCUAUGAAAUUGAAUACAUAGAAUAUUUAUUGAGGUUCUUAGAAAGAGUAUUUUCGAAGAUCAAUUUGUCUUUAUCCAACUCAUCAAUUGAUGACGUACUUUCAUACUUAAUGACCCUUGAUAUUGAAGAAGUAUACACUUUGACAUUGAAAGUUUUUAGAUGGAGAAUAGUGCCAGUAACUGCUAAAACGUUGAACACAAGAUCAUUCUGGGAUAUAAUUUUUAGUUUGGUUUCCACAGGUAACCGUUCACAUCAAGUUAAUGCUUAUAUCUUAUGGUUACGUUACUUGAAUAAUGACAAUUCCAAGUUUGAAAACGACCAACUCUUCCAAAACGAGAUUUUGAAUAAUGAUUACUUCGAAAUCAUUCAAAAUGGGUUGAUCAGUGACUUACAUGAACAUAGAAAGUUAUGUCUUUCGGUGUUGAAGCUUUCAAUCUUAAAGAUCAACACUGAUUUGAAUAAUGAGAUCUUUGUUUGGUCUACCUCUAAGAAGGACCAAUAUUUACAGGAAUGGGAAAGAUUCAUCACAGUUUUCGAAAUCAUUGCCAUUGAUACUUCUCUUCAUCAGAUGGAAGCUGCAUCGGGAGAUUUGAUUGGUUUAAUUUCUCCUAAAUCCUUAAUCCAUUCUUCAUGGGGAUUCAGAUUAUUGUCCACUGGAUUCAGGGCCGGUACUGAUGCUGUCAGAAAAUUCAGUUUAUUCUUGUUGUUGAACAUUCCUCCAACCAGUCUUUGUUUGAUUCAGAAUGCUUUACCUAUUUUAGAAGAUAUCUUCUUACCCAAUUUGAUGUUAGCUAAUCAUUUGGUUGUGAACAACGAUAAAUGUGAAUAUGGUGAAAAGUUGGUUUCCUUCAUUUCUCAACUCAUCAAGGGAGCUUCAAAUGUUGAAAAUAGUAGGAAAAUUGUUCAUUCGGUUUUCAAAGUCAUGAUAGAAUGUAAAGGGGCUUUUGAUCCCUGUAAGUUUUAUAUUCUUUUAGGUGUCUAUUCAGGGAUUGAAGGCCAAAUUCUCGAAUAUGGCUAUCAUGAUGACUUAUUGGUAUCCUUAUUUGAGUGUAAAUCUGAAGGUUUGUUGUAUCACGCUGCCAUUCAGACAAUCUUAUUGAGGACAUCUUUGAAAUUCAAAUUCCAAAAUUCCAAUUUCUUGAAAGUCAUGGAUAAGUUCAUCAAGUUCAAUGGUUCUAAGUUGAUCAAUGAUAACUUGGAUAUCAUCAAAAACUAUUUGGUUGAGAGUGAUGCUUCUUUUGAACCUGUUGAAGAUAAGGCUAUCAAUGCUAUCGGUGUCUAUCUUCAAUGGAUCAUUAAGGGAUUUCAACCGUUCGAAGAUCAAGCUUUAUUUACCUAUUUAUUGGGUUCGGGCUUGGAUUUAUCGUUAGUAGAGUCUCAAUACUCUUCAUGGUUCAAAACAGAAUUGACCCAAUUGGUAGACUCCGGUCUUGACAAUGAAACUUAUGAGAUCUUAUCAACCUGCAACACCAUCAAGGAGAAUGUUGACAUCUCCAACAUCUGGAAAGAAAUUAAAAGUGGUGUGUUACUUGAAACUGAACUUGAAUUAAGAAUUUCAGUGUUCAAAUACAGUUUCUUCAAUAAAAUCUUUGAAAACUUAUCAAAGGAAGAAAUUUCCAAGAUAAUGAAUGUUGAAGAAUUUUUGGCAUUCAGAAAGGAUAUCUUUGUCAAUUACAAAACCAAUGUUCUGCCAACAUUCUAUAAAGUUAAAGAAUCAGUUUUGGGUGAAUACUACAAGACCCUUGAGGUUUUGACUAAAUCAGGGUUAAUCAGUGAUUACAAACCUUUCAUUGACCAAAUCCCUGCAAACUUAUCCAACCAUCAAUCCAAUAUGUCAAUUGCAUCCUUCAGUUCCAUGAUCAUUAACCUGGACGUGUCAGAUGAUAUUCUCGUCGAUAUCAGUGAAAUCUUAUUGGAGAUAUGGCAUAGUUUAGAAUCCACAAGAUUCAAAUUACAUCAAAAGGAAAUCCAAGUAGCUAUCAUUAGAUGUGUAAUGCAUCAAAAGGUAUUGACUGUGGCUUGUGGUAAUGAAGAUUUAGCUGAAAAAUUAGUCAAAUUCAGUGUUUCCCUCAUUGAUAAUGCUCAAGGUAGAAGAUGUUUAUUACCAGUCAUGGCUAAACAAAUCUCCAUCUUUCAAAUUGAAAGUAAUGCAUCUUUCGAAAAAUCAGCUUGGUUGACUGAAGUUUUGACUCGUGCUUUCAAUAUGUAUCAGUUAAGAAGCAAUUCCUUUAAAUUGGAACCUCUUAUUGGAGGGUUAUUUGAUGAACAUUUCGGUGAUGUUAAAGAUCCAUUAUACCUUAAGGUUUAUGAAGUUCAUGAAAUUUCAGCUCAAGUACAUUUAAUGGCCAUUUUCAAUUCCAUUAAGACUACCACAUUUGCUAAUAGUUUAUUACAAUAUAUCGUAGAUAAUCAAAAAAUGUUCAAAUUAUUCAAAUGUCACAGACCGAAUGAUGGCUAUGAACAAUGGACUAGAAUCAGAUUAUUCACCAUUAUAAUAUGUAUAAGUGACAAAGUCGGUGAUGAAAUGAUGAGAGAACAUUUACCUACAUUCCUCAAAUUACUUGAUGUUGAUCCAAGUCCUUUGGUUCGUGUAUUCAUUGAAUGGAUUGUAGCAUUACAAAUGGUGAAAUUCCCUGAAUAUUUCGAUUCUAUAUUCAAAUCCUUGAGACAAUUACUCAAUAAUAAGAUCCUGAAACCGGCUUUGAUCUGUGCUUAUGAAAGAAUGUUAACUUUAUCCAUUGAACAAUUACCUACCAAUGAGUCAGGAAAUUUGUUAGCUGAGUUAUUAUACAUCGCUAUACCUGGAGCUACUGCUAAUAAAGCCUUGAUCAGACAUUUUUCCAGUUCUUUGAUUUGUUGUCUUUAUCCCAAAUUACCUUCUGAUAUCAGUAAAGAUUUAAGAGAAAUUUGUAGAGAUAUCUAUGAAACAUCGUUAUUGAAUCCUGUUCAUGAGGUCAGAAACAAUGAUGCCCUUUUAUGGGAUAUUUAUAAAGAUCUUACAUUAGUAAGUGUUUCUGGAGGUUUAUUAAUGAGAGUUAGUGCACAUGAAGUUGACUUGAUCACAUCAAAUGAUUUCCAUGAUUACUUAGAUGAAUCCCAAAUCCAAUUUUUAAACCAUCCAGUAGGUGAAGAUUUGAAACAUUUAUGGAUCAAGACUAGAAAUGUGUCAGCUAAAAAGGAAGCCUUAUCAUCAUCAGUAAAUCCUGAUUUUGAACAAUCACCCCUUCAAACUAAAAGUGGUGCUUGGUCAACAGUUUUGGAUGUUGAAGAAUCUUCAUCUCGUAUAAAUGAUGUCAAACGUAGUGAUUUGAUUGUGGUGUCAUCAUUGGUUGACAAACCUCCAAAUUUAGGAGGUAUUUGUAGAUUGUGUGAUGUUUUAGGAGCUGGUUUAUUGACGGUUAAUGAUAUCGAAGUUAAGAAACAUCAAGAAUUCAAAACUGUUGCCGUCACAGCUGAUCAUUGGAUGCCAAUGAUUGAAGUCAAAGUUCCUGAUAUUGUUUCUUAUUUGAGACAAAAGAAGAAUGAAGGAUAUACUUUGAUUGGGUUAGAACAAACAGAUAAAUCCGUUCAAUUGAAUAGUGAUUUGAAAUUCCCUAAGAAAUCAUUGAUUCUUAUCGGUAAAGAAAGAGAAGGAGUUCCUGGAGAAUUAUUAGCAGAAUUAGAUUUUUGUGUCGAAAUUAAACAAGUUGGGAUCAUUAGAUCAAUGAAUAUUCAAACCGCUACUGCGGUCAUUGUACAUGCUUAUGCUUCCCAGCAUUGUUAG